GUUUCUAUCUGCAUACAUUUAAAAUCUGUCUCAUAUUAAAUUAAGUUUUUUACACAAAUUUUAUAUUUUAUAACGAAUAUUUUAAAUAAAAUAAUUAAAAAACUAAAAUUUAUAAGCAAUAAAUAUAAAAGAAAGAAAUUUAAAUCCAAAACUUCAACUAAAUGCUGCUAUUAUUUGAUUAAAAUUCGUACAAAUAUGUCUGGUCAAAAUCCCAAUUAUCCCCAGCAUUUAAAUGCUAAUUGUCCCAGAGGUAUCAGAACUUAUACCAGUACCGGUAGACCCUUUACUGCAGCGGAUCUAAAGCCUGGUUGUUUGGGUACAGAAUACGAAUGCAGUGAUACAAGUGGUUGCUUUUCUAAUGCAGACAAUACCACUCAGGAUUUCAGUAGAAAAAUGUGCAACCAAGAAUAUUCGGGCAGAGCCUUUAAUCCCGCAUUAGAUAUAUCUCGGAAUCGCUUGGAACGUUCUCAAACUCAGUAUCAAUAUAAGCAGCCAACUCAGUCAAGGGGCAGUCGUUUAAAUCUGGAAUAUGAAAUGGCUAGAAAUAAAGAAUUUGCUUUAGGACGUUUAAGAGCAGAACAAGCGGCAGCUUGUCCUCGUCCUACAAUGCGUUAUGAGAAGCCUCAAAUGGCGGCUACUUCGAGGGGCAGAGAAUUUGAUGCAAGAUCGGAAAUUCAACGUCAGCUGGCUCAAGCGGAAUCGCCGAAUGUCUGCAUGAAGCCUGGACGUGUUAACACGAAUGAGGGUCGUCGUGUUGAUGUGGAUAAAGUUUAUGAUUACAAUAAACAAACUUGUAGUCCUGCGGGUAGGAGCGGUCGUGCUUUGGAUCUCCAAAGGGAUUUAACCUUUCGCCGUUUAAAUAUGCCUACACCUAAACAACAACGUGCUACCUCUUGUCCUACCCCCGUGCAAUAUAGUAACAAUCCUCCCUCUUCCAUUCAACGUUUGUCCAGAAUAUGUCCACGAUCAUCUCAAUCUGUAAGUGUCAGUCCUACGCGAUCCAUUGCCACGUCAGAGGCCACAAACAGUCGUUAUGCUACGCCUAUGCAGCAAAGAUCUACAAGAGUUCCAGGUGUAAUAGCUAAAUAUCCAGCUACUCCUAUAUGCAGACCGGUACGCACCCCAGUUUGCCCGGUUGAAGAAACUUCUAUGGACUCUCCUGGUACUAUAACCAAAACUGUAACGACUACCACCAGGGCCAUGACCCCUGAACAAACAGCAAUUUGCCCAACACCACAAAAAUCGGCAGAUAUGUUAACUUCACCAUAUAACGAUAUAACUUCCAGGAGUAAAGAACAGACUAUUUCCCAUAUUACACAAGAUAACAUGAGACAAAUGGAUUCGGCAUAUGGACUAACGCCACCGCGAGGCUUUGCUGUACAGUCCCCCUUCAAAACUCCACAGCAGCCAUUAAAUGUUACAGAACAAUCUCCUAGUAUCAGUUUAAAUAAAAGGAAUGAUUCUAAUGGUCCCUCAAUGGGAGGGAAUAAUACCCAAAUGAAAUCAAUGCAUCAGGAUAGAAGUAUGAGCAUAAAAGAUAAAUCAGUUUUAAAUAAAACGCAACCGGUUCCAGCACCACCGCCUAUACCGAUCACAGAUCGCAAUAGCGCAAACUGUCGGGAUCUGCAAAGAUCAUAUCGAUCUAUAGAUCAAAGCAAACGUUGUGCAAUGCCCCAAACUAAUGACUCCAGAAGUUUCGACCAGUCUACUUUUUAUAAUAAUGAGUCUUCCAUUAUGGAAGAAGACUACAGACCCUUACCUAGCAGAACUUGUCCCAGUCCUAUGCAACCUAGGUCUACUCAGGACUGUCCAGCUCCAACAUCAGAGUCAUACUAUUUUUCCAAGUUUGAUGAACCUACUUACUAUCGAAAAAGACAAGUUGAAUUCCCCGAACAAUCGUAUAUAGAUCUAACUGAUGAAACCCAAUAUCAGUAUGAUGAUAUGGAUAUAAGUGGUUACGAAUUAUUUGCACGUUCCGCUUGUCCUAAUAAACCCGAAGACAGUAAACACCUGAAUUCCUGGAGAAUACCAUCUGAAGAUCUUACUUGCAAUGAGCGCCAAGGAUUUGACUCAUACACAAGUCAACAACAGCCAGAUUUUAGCUCCACCAUGGUACAAACUAUGCCACAAAGAAGGGAGACUUUGGGAGGUGACUUUGAUGCCACCGAAUACCGAGAAUUACCAUCAUCUAUCUGUCCUCCUUGUGAACAACCCAAAGCUAGUUUGUUUCGCUGUUUGGCCAAGAAAUUAAGUUCCACUUAUGAUUUUAUUUCUUCAUUGAUAGCACCUCAGAAGUCAGCAGGAGCUUUAACUCUGCCAUCAGAUCAGACUCAGGGACAAGUGUGUAAUGGAAUGACUUUUGGCAUAAAUACACAGUGCAACGCAACCAGUCCAAAUGAUACUACGACAUAUGAUUUACGAAAUUUAUAUGCAACACAAUGUAAUGAUGCAACAGCUUUCGCCCUUAAUACUCUCUUUGGAAAUAAAACUCAAUUAAUGGAUGAACCUAACUCGAUAAGAGAAUGUGCCAAUGCCAAAAGAUGUGGUCGUGUACAAUUCGAUAGUUCGGAUAAAGAUCAAGUACAAGAUCCCCAACGCACCGCUUUACGUAAGGCCGAAAUUGAGAAUUUAGUUAAUGACACCUAUUGCCCGGGCAUCAUACAAGAAACUAUUGAUGGUCGGGAAAAUUUCAAUAACUAUUCUUUUAAUAUAUCUCUAAAACAAGACUCUAAAGAUGCCAGUUGUUGUGAAGCCUCAGCCACAGAAGAUCCCAUGACCUUAUUAGAAGCGUUUUCCAUACGAAUUGAAAAGGAAAGAGCUGAAAUUGCUAAGGAUUUAAAGGAAAAUGCAACAGAGGAACAAAUUGAGGAUUCUAUAGUGAAAUAUUUUGCCAGUCAAAAUCCCAGUGACUUAAAUCGUUCUAUAAAAAGUUUAUUAUUAUCGGAACAUUUGCAAGAACAUGAACAAGUGGAAAAAACCAAAGACUCUUUGUUGGAGGCGGAAGUUCAGAAAUGGGCCACCUCUCUACCGGACAAUGCUAAAGUGAAAUUAGUGGCUUUUACAGGUCAUACUAAAUCCACAAAAGGUGAAACGAUUUGAGGUUCAAAAUUUAAGAUUUAUUAAAAUUUUUAUAAUAAUAUGCAAUUUAAAAAUUAUUGCUUUUGAGUUUUAACAAAAUUAUUAAGCAGACCUUUAAUAAAUUUAAUUUGAUUUCA